AUGAGAUCAAGUAAUCACAAUUACAAUCGAUCGAGAAAAUUAAUCUCGAGUUGCUCAUCUUACGAAAAUAGUUCAUCAUCUUCAGAAGAUGAAAGAAAUCGUGAUAAAUCAACUUCUAAGACUCGAAACAAACACCAACCUCAUCAUCCUCAUCACAAUGGAUCAUCUUCCCAACAUCAUCAAUCUAAGAUCGGCUUUGAUUCUGGGCUGAAUCGACAUCGUGAUUACAUCAAAUACUCGCCUCUUCAUUUCUCGCCGAUAUUAAUAUCUAGCCAGCCGAUGGAAAAACCUCAUCGCAUGAAAAGUUCGUCUUCGUCUUUAUUGGCUAUGGUCCGUCGAACUAGUAGAUUAUUACAAGACGAAGCUUCCGAUCUCGAUGGUCUUGGUAAUUAUCGAUUUGUCUCCGACAUUUCCAAUGGCCUCAUGUCCCGAAAUGACUUGGAUGCCGAUGAAAGUGCCAUUAGGAUACUCAAGCAAAUUCGAUGUGAUAUCGAUGAGAAAUUAAAAAGGCUCAAUGCUUUGGUCAAUUCAACUAAUGGCGAAGAUAAAGAAAUGACAAAAUUCAAUCGCCGAUCAAGUUAA